UCUCACUCUGUGCUGGAACCAUGAGACUCGCCCUGCUGUGUGGCCUGCUGCUGCUGGCUGGUAUAACUCCAACCCAGGGAGGGAUCCUGAACCUGAACAAGAUGAUCAAACGUAUGACUGGGAAGACAGCCUUAUUCAGCUACCGGUUUUAUGGCUGUCAUUGUGGAUUUGGUGGCAAAGGAGAACCCAAAGAUGACACAGACAGGUGCUGUCAAAAACACGACUGCUGCUAUGAACACCUGAAGACGGAUGGAUGCAGAACCAUGACGGACAAUUACAGAUACAACAUUUCCCAGGGCGUCAUCCACUGCUCUGACCAAGGGAGCCAGUGUGAGAAGCAGUUGUGCGCUUGUGACAAGGAACUGGCCACGUGCCUGAAGGAAAACCUGAGCACCUACAACAAGCGUCUGCGGAUCUACUGGCGGCCCAGCUGCAAGGGCAAGACUCCUAUAUGCUAGGAGAGCUCACUAUCUGUUCCCUAGAUUGCACCCUGUUCCAGGGCAUGUCGAGCACUGAAGUCCCCUGCAGAAUUGCUGCCUCCCACCCCAGUGUCUAGUCUCCUGGACCAGCUCCUUGCAAAAGGGCCUGGGCUUGAGGACUUCGCCUUGGUGUCUCUCUGCUAUAAGGGACCUUUUUGUCUAUCUUUGGCUGUUCUUCCUUCAAACUCCGGUCUUUCUGGGCCUAGGAGAAGAUCUCACAUAUGAGUUCAGAUCCCAGCCCUCUGGCCUGUGUCCUUCUCCCUAGCCCCAUUUGGUUUCAGUUGGCAACCUGGUGCCCAGGUAGCCUCCUAGAACCCAGCAGGGACACCACCACCAAGGACUUGAGGGCUGAGGGAAGCUGUAAUCUUGUUGCUCUGGGUGUUGGGGCCUGGCCUGCUGUUUCUUGUGUAUUUGUGCUUUCUUUGGGGUCUCCUGCUACAAUGUAGACUCAGGGGCUCCUCCUCUGGAAGCCCUUCUGGGCUGGCACUACUCCCCAUUUCUAAAGGUUCCUUUGUGCUGGACUCUCUGGGUGACAUUAACACCCCACAUGUCUCCUGAGGCCAGAGUGGUGAGAUGUCCCUAAGGCUCCUCUCUUCCCAGGCCUGAUGUCUUUCCCUGGUUCCCUGGAAACCUUCCUUUCUCCAAAGAGCCCUUUCAAUAAACCAUUAGC